UUUCCGAUGGUCAGGAACAUCUUGUUUGGGACGAGCAGAGCUUUCCUGGAAAACGAAACUAGACGCGUCGUUUCCGUCUCUGACACUGUUUGGGUCGUAGAUGUGGUUAUUUAACCGCUUUUGGUGGCGAUAUUGACAACUUGCAGCCGGUGGCGUGUAAAAGUUUUAACCGCUAGCCGUCAAAACCGUCAAACACGCAGGUAGCGUCGUUUCACCAGCUAGCUUCAGCGGCUAGCGCCCGGUAGCAUGGACGGCGGCGGACACAUGCAUAAUGAUGAGAGGGUGGCGGAGAAAUUAAUGGACGACCACCUGAAAUCAUUGGGUUUGCAUCGGAAGAAGAUAGCCAAAGACGGGUCGUGCUUGUUUCGCGCUGUCGCCGAGCAGGUGCUGCAUUGCCAAAGCCUCCACACUAAAGUUCGUGCCAAAUGUGUGGAGUUUCUGAAGCAGAACAGAGAGAGUUAUGAGGCGUUUAUUGAAGGUGACUUUGACGAUUACCUGGUGAAGCUUCAGGAUCCUCAGCAAUGGGUGGGAGAAGUGGAGAUCAGCGCGCUGGCUGCCAUGUACAAGAGGGAUUUUCUGAUCUUUCAGGAGCCUGGGAAACCAGCCGUCAACAUCACAGACAACAACUUCAAGGACAAGGUGCAGUUGUGUUUUCUGAACGGGAAUCACUACGACAGCGUUUAUCCCAUCAGCCGCAUCAAGAGCGCUGCUCUCUGCCAGUCCGUCCUGUAUGAGAUGCUGUACGACGGAGUGUUUAAAGUGGACCGGAACUCUCUGGGGCCGUGCCAUCGGGUCGGCCGACCCAACGACGUCCUUAGCGACGACAGCAUGCCCGUCUGCGCCAGCAGCGACGAUUCCGACCUGGACGCAGGCGAGACACCCUGGGUGGAAAAUGGAACAAGCACCUCUUCUUCUUCUUCUUCUUCUACACGACACAACCAGAGCUACAGGAGCCGUGGGCGUGGUCGGCAGCUGCCAGAGAGGGUGAGACGUUCGCUGAACCCGACUCUGUUCAGAAACGUAGACUACGACGUCUGGCACAAGAGCAAGAGAGCCCAACAGAAGAUGGACUACCGCAUCGCUGCUGGGAUGCAGUACACUGUGGGCGACCGCUGCCAGGUUCGCCUUGAGAGCGGCGGACGUAGCUACAACGCAACCAUCAAGGAAGUUCCUCCCAACAACAACAUGGUGACGGUUUACAUAGAAGAACUGGGCAAGAGACACGUCCCUCUGUGGAGUCUGCUUCCUCCCAGCGAUGAGGGCAGCUGGAGCACGGUCGUCAGCAAAGACAAGAGGCUCAGCAACGGACACGGAGAUUGGGAGGAGAGGGGUAAAGGCAGAGGCAGGGGGAAGCAGGUCCCACCGUCCUCCUCCGUUUCCCAGGCUACAGCACCGAGCUCCAGUGGGCGUGUAGUGAAGCAGCACUCAUGGCCCCCGCAGGCCACCGUAGAGGAGCAGGGAGGGGCGAAAAGCAGCAGGAAGUCUGUGAGCUCGGCAGAGGCGGCGUUCGGUCUGACGAAGGAGCAGCGUUUGGCCAAGGAGGAAGAGGAGAGGAACGUGGCGUUGGUGGAGAUCCAGCUCAGAGACGAACACAGCUUCCCCGCCCUCGGGACUGGGGCGCAGGGUGAUGGAGGGAGGAGGAAGGGGGUAGAGAAGAAAAGAUCCCAGAGAAACAAGAUGAAAAGUCCAGUUGAAGAGGUCAGAGCAGCGUCUCCCUCUGCUGGCGAACGACCCAAAUCCUCCACCCCACCACCUGCAACCACGACUGCUACUACUGCACCUACUGCCAAUACCACCACACCCACCAGCCCCGCCCUUCCUGCUGCAAAACCUGCUGCUGCUGCUUCGUCUGCAAGUUCUAGCUCGAGUCCAGCUUGGCUGAGCUCGCUCAAGGCUUCGACGCCCAGCGUAAACAUGGCCGCCACAGCGUCUGGCUCUGCUUCCACCCCGACACCCACCCGUGCUGCCCCGACUGCUAAAACAAAUGCACAGUCUUAUGCUUUAGCUGCUGGAGCUACAUCGAGUUCUCCUCCUCCUGCUGCCGCCCCGAGCACUAAGGCCUUUAUGACGGGUGGCGCUCCGCCUGCCUCCGUCCCGUCCUCCGCCACUAUCUUCUCCUGCCUCACCCCUGUCCUCCCUGCUGCUUCAUCACCCCCAAAUCCACCCGCCCUUUCCUCUUCUUCUCCUCCCCCCUCCUCUUCUUCCUCACCACCUCCUAAAUCAUCUGCCUCCCCUCCUCCUCGCUCUUCAGUGCCACCUCCCACUUUCAUCGCUCCCAUCGCUCCCUCUCCCAUCAUCGCUCAGGGCUUCCUCCCUCCCUCCUCUCUCCCCCGUUCCUCCCCACCCGUCUCCUCUCUCCCGCACUCCCCCAGUCCACCCGCCUCCUCCUCUCUUAUCCAUCAUGCAGGUAAAGUCGAGGAGGCUCCACCAGCAGCAGCACAAACUCAAAGUUCUUUGCCGGAUUUCGGAGGCUCUCAGGCGGCAUCUCAGACCUUCCAAAGCCAGACUUCUCUCUCCCAGAUUCAUCCCCAGGUGUCUCUGCCCCCAAACCAGAGCCAGAUCUCUGUGUCCCAGACCCAAACCCAGGCCUCAGUGACCCAGGAGGGUAUUCAAAUGCAGUCCUCACUGCCGAAGAUCCAGACUGAGAGCCAGGCUCCUCCACCCCAAAGCCAAACCUUGAUGCCCCAGAAGCAGAUUCCUGAGGCCCCGUCCUCUCCCUCACCUCAGUCCCUCACUGAAGCGACUCCCGCUGUACCACAAAACCAGAUCCAGGCAUCUGUCCUCAAGACCCAGGCUUCCCUCCCUCAGGCCCAGUACCCCUCCCAACUCCCACAUCCCUCCCUCUCUAUCUCCACCUCCCCGACCCACCCCUCUGUCCAAAUCCAGACCCCCAGCACCCACAAUCAGACAGAAGCCCCGCGCCCUCCAGAUCAGCACCCUCAGCCCGAGUCACACCCUCCUCUCUCUCAUCACCCCCAGUUACUUUCUGCUCAUCCCCUUCCUCCACCUCACCCUCAGUCCCUCCCAGGAGCUGUUCCUCUGCAGAAGCUGUCCCAGCUCUACCAGGACCCCCUGUAUCCUGGUUUCCCCCAGGGAGAGAAAGGCGACAUAGCCCCGACUCCACCCUACUCAUCCAGCAAGUCGGGGGACGACCUGCCCCAAGAUGUCAACAUCUUGAGGUUUUUCUUCAACCUGGGUGUCAAGGCAUUCUCCAUGCCCAUGUUCCCUCCCUACAUAUACCUCCUCCCCCUCCAACAGGCCCAUGCCAUGCACCCCAAGCUUCCCUCCCGCUCCCCUUCCCCUACUCCCCACUUCCCUCCUGCCAGCGCCCCCACCAGGCACCAAGAGUCGUACCCUCAGUACCCUCCAACUUCAGCGUCUGCGCUGCCUCAGUAUGAACACCAAGCCCCAUUCACUGAACCCCCCCAUCCCAGUGAACCCUCCUUCAACCAGGCCGGGUACCCCAUCACCCAGCCUACACCCCAUAGGGUGCCCUGCACUUCGCUGCAAUGGCAACAGCACCAGAUGCCUCCACCCAGAAACUCCAGCUACCCGGUUGUGUAUCCCUCCACAGCUCCAACAUACCCCGUUCCCCCUCCUUCAUCCCAGGGGUACCACCCAGGUCAAGGUCCAGGACACUCGCUGUACCCCCCGACAAUGCCUCCGUACUCCCCAUCCCCGCUGGGAUACCAGUCCUCAUCCACUCCUGAAGAGCUCCAGGUGAGUCAGGGAGCGAUGGAGCAGCUUCAGUCCAACAAUGGAGACACAAUGCCUGCGCACGGGCCCGGACGAGUCCCUGCUCCUUUGGAGGGUCCAGCUGCUGCUAACAACAGAGUGAUGGGAGUUCCUGGAGGAAAUGGAUUUGCGCUGAAGAAAGAGCAGGGAGACAGUGGGACCAGAGCGGUGCUGCUGGUGGACCCGCCGCUCAACAACACACCAAUAGUCGCUCUGGUCUCAAACUGUGAUGUCAAUGAUGUCCCCGUCUCCAUGACAACCAUGAAGCCCAGCAGCACCCCCGGCUCUCCAUCACCUUAUGGCAUCAUCUCCCAGACAACCGUUUGCGGUGACAACAACACCUCCCUCGCGUACCGCGUCCACCAAAAGACAUACAAUCCCAGCAAAACGUUCAAGGUGGGCCACUUGUUGACUCCUCCCAUGGCAGAGGCUCUGUCAGUGGGCUGCAGCACAGAGGACAGCUGGGAGGAGAUGGAGGGAUUCAGACAGGCAAACAUGAGCAUCAGAGGGUCAAGGAGAAACUACAGAGGAGGAGUGAGAGGGAGGGGGGGGUCCCAUGAUGGAGGGAGAGGGGGGCAGAGGAGGAGGCAGGGAGGAGAGGCAGGGGCAGGGUUUAACUUUGUUCAAUUUGGCCCCUCCCACAGGGGACGGGCCUGGUAAAAAGGCUCCAAGCUGUCAGCCAAUGAGAGGAGACAAUUUUUUUCUUUCUUUCUUUUCGUUUCUUCGUCUGAGCUUGUUUGGUUUCAACUUGUUCUUAAUCCUUCUUUUUCUGCCUUUUUCCCCCCUUCGUCACCACGUGGAGGUCUGAUAGGUGGAUGUGUAAACUGUCCCUGUAAAUGUCUUGCUGUCAUGUUGUCUUUGGCAGAGUUGGGAAAAAAAUCUGAAACUCUACUCCAGUGCUUCAGGGUGUCAGAAUCCUCCAGCUAGCUGUAGAAACAAACACUAUCAAGCUCCUUAUUAGCUAGCUAAUAAGCUUAGCAUGUUAACAAGUGCAUGGUUACAUGACUUUCUGAGAAGUUAAAUGUGUCGAUUUAAAGGACAUCUGCGUUUGCUUUGAGUAGGACUGCAACCAUUAGUAUGUCUUUUUUUCUGUUAAUCAGUAAAUUGUUUGGUCAAGAAAGCGUCAGAACCUUUUGAAAACUAUUCUUCCCAAUUUCUCAAAACCCAGCGUGAUGUCUCGGAAAUAUGUUUUGUCCCAAAAACAGCCAAGAACCCUGUAAGUGAAUUAAGUUUUCUUGUGUCCCUUAAUUCCAGCAUGUUCACAAAACACUAGACAUAUAAAAAUAUUUCAGCUAAAAAAAGCAUAUACCAGGUUCAGCGAGCUCCUCUUCCAAGCAUCUGUUUGCACUGCGAGCUUAAAACAAACCAGUUUUAAGAGGAUUAAAGUGACAGAAAAUCAGAUUUAAUCUGAUUUAAGUUGUAUUGCUGCUAUAAAACUACAGCAGACAAAUUGUUUAGAUUUGUAUUUUUUAAAUGUUUGUCAUGUUGCUGCUGGUUUCAUGUUUCUUCUUUUUCUUUCGGGCCUUAUUUUUCUUGUGAUCGACUCCAGACUCUGUAGAGAUUCAGUGCCUUAACGUUUCCUACUUUUACUGUCUGAUUUGAAAAACACUGCUGUACAUAGCAAAGGCUGUCGUUCUUUGUUGGAUUUUCUGUGUGACUGAAAGAAUAAAACUUUGGUU